UCACCUCGCACAAUCGCGCAACCUGCAACCACGCCCAACUCUCACUCCAUCACAACUCCCCAAGCAUCCAUGUCAGAAGCCGAUCAGCUCCUUGCAAAAGCCAACAAGAAGGCCAACUCUAGCGGUGGACUUGGCUGGUUCAGCGGCGGCAGUACCUCUAAAUAUGAGGAAGCCGCUGAACUCUACCAAGAAGCAGCCAACCAAUUCCGUCUUGCUAAACGACUUCGUGAUGCUGGCGCUGCUUUUGAGAAAGCUGCAGAGAUGCAAUUGAAGACGGAUGAGGCGGAUAAUGCUGCCAAUACGUAUGUCGAGGCUUCGAAAUGCUACAAGAAGGAAGAUCCAUCAAAAUGCAUUCAAGUCCUUGAAUCAGCCAUCGAGCGAUUCACGCGUCGCGGCAAUUUCAGACGCGCUGCAACGUAUCGGCAGCAGGUGGGAGAGAUUUAUGAGCUUGAGUUGGUUGAUGCGCCCAAAGCUAUGGAAGCGUACGAACAGGCUGGUGAGUGGCUUGCCAAUGACAAUGCCGAGUCGCAGGCCAAUAAGAUGUUUUUGAAGGUUGCAGAGAUUGCUGCACUUGAGGGGGACUAUAAUCGUGCUACAGAUCGUUUCGAGGCGGUGGCGACGCACAGUGUCACCAACAGUCUGACGAAAUGGAGUGUCAAGGAUUACUACCUCAGAGCAGGCAUCUGCCACUUGUGCAAAAACGACAGCGUUGCCAUCAAGCGAGCUAUCGAGCAGUACGCUGCGCAAGACAUGACAUUUGCAUCGACGCGCGAGUUUCAGCUUCUCAAUGAGUUGGCUGGCGAUGUCGAGGCCGGCGACGCAGAUGAGUUUUCCAAUCAUGUGUUUGUGUUUGAUCAAGUGAGUAAGCUGGACAAGUGGAAGACAACACUUCUCUUGCGUAUCAAGAACCAGAUGAAUGAGGAACCAGACUUGACUUGAAGUCAAUCACAUAGGAGCCUAUUCAGGGCAGCAAAAAUGAACGCAAUGAAUCA